UUGAAAUGAUUUUAAAAAAUCAAUUAACUAGAAAUUUAAUAAAUGUAUGCCGCCACUUUAGCUAUGAACAAGGGCAAAGACCUACACCUAACGUUAGAGAGUAUUUUUAUUACAUCGAUCAUGAAGGCAUGUUAUUUUUAGAUGAUGCUAAGAUAAAGAACUUUACAUCUUGUUUGAAAGAAAAAAAAUUUUUGAAAUUCUUCUUCAAUCGUGUUAAGUUAAAUAACACAAAAAGAUACGGCACUGAGUUUCCAUAUAUAUCAAUUUGUGGACGAGAACUUAACUACAUAAGAUGCGAUGAUGUACCAAUUGUUUACACAGAAGUAAAACAAAAUUGUGAAAAAGGCAAAGAUGAAUUACUUUAUGCUCAUGCGGGCGAUUUGUUAAAAGUUGAUUUUCAACCCGAAAAAAUUUAUAUGAAUCCUACAACUGGAAGAGUCUAUCAUCCAGCUUGGCAAAAAGUAGGUGAUAUUGGCUUGAUUCGCUCAAAACUUGCUAUAGAAUUAAGUAAAAACUUUGAAUUCAAUAAUGGAGAACAAAUGUCACCAACACAUUUUAAUUGGCGAGGAAAAUGUUAUCCAUUAAAAAAUGACUGGAUACUUGGAAUUAAAAAAUAUGGAAUAUAUGCCUAGACGCGCGUACAAAUAUAUUGAUAUUAUUAUUCUAAGAUUGAUUUCCACAUAGUGCGUUAUAAAAAAAAUAGAUUGAAAAAGUACGUUUUUUUAAAAAAUAUUUUAAUGUUUAU